GAAGAAGAAGAAGAAGAAGAAGAAGAAGAAGAAGAAGAAGAAGAAGAAGAAGAAGAAGAAGAAGAAGAAGAAGAAGAAGAUUGAAUCGAUUGCUCUCGUCUGGCUGUCACAGCGUCGUUCUCUGAUUGGUCAACAUUCCAUGGCGCCAAAACAGCGAAGAGGAAGAGUUGAAAACACAACAGGAAAGACCUCUGCUCAAUAUUUUGAUUAUAUCAUUUGGCAUAAAGAUACUUUUGGCCUAAUUUGAGCACAAAAUGGACACGCAGUCAUAUUUACCAGUAAAACCUGGGGUGGGGAUGGAGGAGAACUUUUUGUCUCUCGACGAUAUUUUGCUCUCACAUGAGAGACUUCCUAUCCGGACAGAGUGCAGCUUCCCCCGGCUGGGAUUCCUGGAGAAGUCGAGUGACUCGCACGACAUACCGGAGGGUACAAAGAUGGAGCUUCCUCUGUGGCUGUCGAAGGGUCUGUACGAGAAGAAGAGGAGGGUGCUGUCCGUGGAGCUGCCCAAGGUGUACAGAGAGGGCUGGAGGACCGUGUUCAACGCUGACCCCAACGUGGUGGAUCUGCACAAGAUGGGGCCCUACUACUACGGCCUGGGCUCCCAGAUGCUGCACUUUGACAGCCCAGAGAAUCCUGAGAUCGCACAGACGCUGCUGCAGACGUUCAUCGGGCGCUUCAGGCGGAACAUGGACUCGUCUCAGAACGCGUACAACGAGGACACGUCGGCGCUGGUGGAGCGUCUGGACUGCCUGGAGAAGGCUCUGUUCUCGUCGGGGCAGAGUGGCCUCAACAGCUUCCAGAGCUGGGAGAAGGGCCGGGCCUCGCAGCUCACCGCCUCCAGCCUGGUGCUCAACUACCGCAAGAGGAAGAUCAACGACCUGCAGCCCUGACCCGUUUCAGUCCUCUCUGGCGGCUCCUGUCAUUUCCUCUCCCACAGACAAUCCCCCUCCCCCAUCUGACCCCUGCUCUCCAGGGUGCGACGCCCCCCCCCUGUGUAGAGUAUACAUUUUAUUUAUUUUGUCACAUUGUACACAUCAUCUUGACCAUGGCUGCACCACUUGGAAAAACUGCGAUUAUGACUCAUCGCAAAUCCUGAUUUAAUUAACAAUAUUUUUAGAGAUUUAACUAUUUUGCAUCGUUACUCUCAAUGUUAUUAAAACAUAUUAAAAUGA